GUUGGACCACAAAUAACGGACGAAAUGUCCGUCUCUGCUUCUGCUCCACUUAAAUAAUAUAUUAUUUUUGCUUGAAAAAGAAAAGAAGAGUCAAACUAUGCAAAAGAAUUAAGUAAAUAAAAUGAAAGCUUAGGGAAAACAGGAUUUACUGCAGUGACUCUGUAUUGUUGGAAAAUUAAAAAAAAAAAAAAAAGAAAAAGGAAAAAACGGCCAUUUUCUUUUUCUUAUCGUGUGAUUGGGGGGUCCACUCCACAGACCUUUGUCUUUUCAAGAUUCAAAAUUCAAAAACUUCAGACCCUUCCCAAUUGAUAACAGUUCUUAAUAAUAAUAAUAAAGAUCCCUUUUAUCUUCUACCGCCCUUGACGUUUUUACAAUAUACCACCACUGCCAACUCCUUCCCUACAAAUUUCAAUUUCCUGUUUUCUCUCAAAUAAUCAUAUAGCUUCGUUUUGAAGCCCAGCUACAGCUACUUGUUCUGUUGUUAAUCAUAUUUUAGGGUUUGGAAAAGUAGUUUGUUUCUUUUUUUCUUUUUUAUCAAGUUUGUUAAGCAGUAGCUUUUUUAAGAUGACGACGAUGGAGAGCUUGAUAGGUUUGGUCAAUAGGAUACAGAGAGCUUGUACUGUCCUCGGUGACUACGGAGGUGGUGAUAAUUCUUUCUCUUCUCUCUGGGAAGCUCUUCCCUCUGUUGCCGUCGUUGGUGGACAGAGUUCAGGAAAAUCUUCUGUGUUGGAGAGCAUAGUAGGCCGGGAUUUUCUUCCAAGAGGAUCAGGGAUUGUGACCAGAAGACCUUUGGUAUUGCAACUUCACAAGACUGACGAUGGUUCCCAAGAGUAUGCCGAGUUCCUUCAUCUUCCUAAGAGACGUUUCACUGAUUUCUCUGCCGUUCGCAAGGAAAUUCAAGAUGAAACUGAUAGAAUGACUGGCAAAUCCAAACAGAUUUCUCCUGUUCCUAUUCAUCUCAGCAUCUACUCUCCAAAUGUUGUUAACUUAACCUUGAUUGAUUUACCCGGUUUGACAAAAGUUGCUGUCGAGGGACAGCCAGAGAGUAUCGUUCAAGACAUUGAGGCCAUGGUCCGUACUUAUGUUGAGAAGCAAAACUGUGUCAUACUCGCUAUAUCUCCAGCAAAUCAGGAUAUAGCCACAUCUGAUGCUAUCAAGCUUGCCAGGGAAGUGGAUCCUUCAGGUGAACGGACAUUUGGGGUGCUGACCAAGCUGGAUUUGAUGGAUAAAGGAACUAAUGCAUUAGAUGUACUGGAAGGAAGAUCUUAUCGGCUGCAACAUCCUUGGGUUGGCAUUGUGAACCGAUCACAGGCGGAUAUUAACAAAAAUGUUGAUAUGAUUAUUGCCAGGCGCAAAGAACGCGAGUACUUUGCAACAAGUCCUGAUUAUGGGCAUUUAGCCAAUAAAAUGGGUUCAGAAUAUCUUGCAAAACUACUCUCAAAGCACUUGGAGUCUGUAAUCAGGGCUCGGAUACCAAGUAUCGCAUCUUUGAUAAACAAAAGCAUUGAAGAACUUGAAUCAGAGAUGGACCAUCUGGGUAGGCCUGUUGCUGUUGAUGCUGGGGCUCAAUUGUACACUAUCUUAGAACUUUGCCGCGCAUUUGACCGGAUAUUCAAAGAGCACUUGGACGGAGGACGACCCGGAGGCGAUCGAAUUUAUGGAGUCUUUGACAAUCAGCUUCCUGCUGCAUUAAGGAAGCUUCCAUUUGAUCGGCAUCUUUCUCUUCAGAAUGUGAGGAGAGUGGUUUCUGAGGCAGAUGGUUAUCAGCCACAUCUGAUUGCCCCUGAGCAGGGCUACAGGCGUCUCAUUGAGGGAUCAUUGAAUUAUUUUAGGGGGCCAGCUGAAGCUUCCGUGGAUGCUGUUCACUUUGUAUUAAAAGAGCUUGUGAGAAAGUCUAUAGGAGAAACACAGGAAUUGAAGCGUUUUCCUACUUUGCAAGCUGAAAUAGCUGCUGCAGCAAAUGAAGCGUUAGAAAGGUUCCGCGAGGAUAGCAAGAAGACAGUUCUUCGGUUGGUGGACAUGGAAUCUUCAUAUCUGACAGUGGAAUUCUUUAGAAGGCUUCCUCAGGAAAUGGAGAAAGGAGGAAAUCCAGGUGCAGGUCCAGCAUCGUCAAAUGUAGACCGGUAUACAGAGGGACAUUUCAGGAGGAUUGGAUCAAAUGUGUCUUCUUACAUUGGCAUGGUCUCUGAGACGCUGAAGAACACAAUUCCAAAGGCUGUCGUCUAUUGCCAAGUCAGAGAGGCCAAACAAUCAUUGCUAAAUUACUUCUAUACUCAAAUAGGGAAAAGAGAGGCGAAGCAGCUUGCGCAGUUGUUAGAUGAAGACCCAGCAUUGAUGGAGAGAAGACAGCAGUGUGCAAAAAGGCUUGAACUAUAUAAGUCAGCGAGGGACGAGAUUGAUUCUGUAUCAUGGGCUCGAUAGUUAGUUAUGAGAUAUGUAUAUAUAUAAAUCCAAUAGGUUAACAUCCACAUCUUUUGCUUUCUUUCACAUUGUUUGAUGCCUGUUGUUGUUUGAUUGGCUGUUGGAUGUUGGACGGCUUGUCGUUUGUAGUCGGAUUGGAUGGGUCGGUGUAUUAUAUUUUAUUGAAUAUUAUUAAAUAGUUUA